CACCAUUCCAGUGGCACAUUGUAUCGAACACCAUUAUUUGCCGGGCUCGUAUAAGUAACUGCAUUACCGCAGGUUUUCUUAUCAGUCGCGCGUUCCUCCGACUGUAUUCAUGUAUCCUUCGUAGUUUCAAUGGAUUACUUAUUUGUGUGUUGAUGUAGGACUGCAGCGAAAAUAUUGUCGUGGAUGUGUAUGAAUACCGUUAACCACCUGAAAUGCUAAUACGACAAAAUUCACACUGUCCGAGCUGUUGUUGCAAACUUUUUCUGCUGCUACAACAGCAAUGAUACAUUUAAAGUUGCCGACAAAAUUAUACACAAUAUACGGCAUGAAACGACCAUAUAAUGUGCGCGUGGACAAUCUUGGACUUUUACGGGAGUAUAUCACGAUUUUUGUUUUUUUCUUCUCCGGAUAUUGAAUCGCGAUUUCGUGUGUUAUAUAUCACAAUCUUUGGAUAAUAUUUAUCGUGGCACUGAAUUUUUUUAGGAGUCGAACGUGAAAAAGUGAACACACUUGACCUUUUCAUCGGUCAGACCCGCGAACGCCGAUAUGUGCCGGGGAUAGAAUUCAGCUGCUGAUCAAUCCAUAUUGCCGAUAUCCUUCGUUUGACUAUGUCUUCUUGAUUGGAAAACCGCUAUUUCUCCCAUUGGACACAUCUCCAAUAUUUUCACUAUGGAUAAUCCAUGAAGCAGCGCAGUCCGCGGUUUUCUCGGGAAUGCUGUUCUUUUAAUCAAAUUUACCAGGAAUAAAUCUGGAAUAUUAACGCAGUUAUUGGAUGUUGUAUCCCGCAAACUGGAAUUUUAAAAAGCGAAAUUCUUUGUACAUAAGUUGAUUUGCCGGUAAUGAUUAUUAUGCACCGAUUCGCCGGUACGCACUAAUCGGAUGACGGUCUCCAUGGAUCAUACGAUGGACGCGCUGAUCGGUGCAGCGCAUGAUGCCGGUCUGACCAGUACACCGUCGCUGCACACCAUGCAGUUAUGGCCGGAGAUUGAGAGUAUCCUGACGGAAUACGGGUUGCGGUGGGAGACGCUGGGUGGCAGUCAGCAGGAGCAACUACUCAGUGUGGAAGCCGACAAGCACUGUCGGGAUGCGGAGGCCGGCGCCUGGGAUCCGCAGUGUGUCCGCAAGGGCUACCGGUGCUAUAUUGACUCGUGGACGGAUAGUGCGCGGCUGACGAUCGAGACAGCCAGCGGCGGGAGUGGUUCGUACUGUCCCCCGAAAUUUGACGGGUAUAACUGCUGGCCGGCCCAGAAAUCCGGACAACUGACGGCCAUGCCCUGCAGCCAGGCCAUUCCGGCUGAGAUCCUCACAACCUGCCAGCGCCUACUGCCUACCUUGGAUACAGGCACCCUGCACGCUUUUCGCGAAUGCUCGGAAUACGGCGUGUGGGAGGAUGCGCGGACUAACUACAGCGCCUGUCAUAACUAUGUCAACCAGUGCACCAAGAAUAUGACGGAUCUACAGGGCCGCUACAACCCGCUAACGGAUACGUGGCCCUUUGAUCUGUCCUCCAAUAACAGCUUACUCGAUGGUGGAGCCGGUGAAGUCAUGGACGAGGAAACCAAACAGAUUGUCACCUACGUGUUUGCCGGUCUGGCUAUCACGUCCCUGGUUCUUCUGUCAAUUUCCUUCUUCAUCUUUGCAUACUUCAAAACACUCCACUGCAGUCGCAACUCGAUCCAUAUGAAUCUCUUCGCGGCGCUGAUGCUACAAGCCAUCGCCUUGUUAACCAUCUUGUCACCAAGGAUUAGUGGCGACGAAACACUGCACCGAUCGGCAUGGCUGUGCAAAAGCUUUAUGUUCUUGUCACUCUUUACCGUUCCUGCUAGCAUCUUCUGGACGUUCGUCGAAGGUCUGUACUUGUCACAGCGGUUGACGUUGGCGGUGUUUCGGAAAGAAGCACCGUUUCGGAUGUAUGUUUUUAUUGGCUGGGGAAUACCGCUAGUACUGGUCAGCAUUUGGGCCCUGAUGACAGAGCUGCACGUGGAACCCGACGCCACCGCAGCGCUGUACGCAUCCAGCGUGGAAUCGGUCCUCCCGAUUUCCACUCACACCAUCUCCACGUUGAACCAUACUGUGCUAACGUACUCCGCAACCAGCACGGACGAUCAGCCCUUUCGCCCGCCGACGGCCAAUACGUGCUGGCAGAACUACUCCAACCAGCCCUACCACUGGAUUAUCACCGGGCCGUGUUUGGCCGCACUGACUGUUAAUUUCAUUUUUCUCGUGUUGAUCAUCAUUAUCCUGGUGACCAAGCUGCGGGCUAACAAUGCGGUGGAAACCGUACAACUCCGGAAAGCGAUUAAGGCAACUUUCUUCCUCGUGCCAUUACUGGGAAUUUCGAAUCUGCUCUUUUUCGCCAAUCCUCGCGAUAAGGGUCCAGCCGAAAAGGCGUACCUUGUCGUCAAUCUCGUGUUGAAAGGAUCUCAGGGUAUCUUCGUGGCCUUAAUCUACUGCUUCCUCAACUCGGAGGUGCGCAUGGCCAUCCAGAAGAAAUUCUACCGCGCCGCCCUACGUCGCAACCCGGAAACGCAGAGUUUCCGCCUGAACAGCCUGUACGAGCGGGACCGCGACCAGACCCUGGAGCAGCGCCGGAAAUCCAGCAGCCGCGCCGGCAGCACCACGCUGGUCUCCUCCACGGAGGUAAUGCGGGCCAUGUUCCGUAGCCGGCGCAGCAGCAGCCGGGCUAGUCAUAAGGCCCGCGCCGCCAGCCUCCAGUCCCCCAACGGGGUGGGCCUCCCGCCCACCAUCGUGGUGACCAACGGGCCCAACGGUCAUCCGCCGCAGCUGGCGACCAUUGGCCCGUCGCCCACCAUGACCACCUAUACGGAUCUGUUCGCGGCCACCCCCGAGCCCGAUGAGCGGGCGGGGCUCAUGGAGACCCCGGGGCCGGAGACCGGCGAAGGGAGGAAUAACGGCGGUCCCAGUAAUUGUUGAAUCGUCUGUAUGGUGUUACGCGUAUGCACGGUUUUCUGGAUUAAUUUCCCUGGAUCCCGGUUUUUCGUUGCUUUGUGAUAAGUUUUCCUAAGUUGUAUACUUGUAUCUUUCGAUGUUGAACUCGCUACCUGUCGCACACGGUGUUUAUGCAAUUCGGAAUGCUGGAGAUGACCUUACAUGUCAGUAUAGUGUGGAAGGAAUUCAGAAGCGAUAAUUACGCGUAUGUUUUUGUUGUCAGUCUUUUUUGUUUUUAUUUUGUCUAGUCUCAUGGUGUUUCUCCGCGUAACUGCAUUUUGGCAGUUGUAAUCAAAGUCUUGAUGUCAUUGAAUGCCAACACGUUGUCUCACAGUGAUCCAAGUGUCCUUUGCUGUUCUCAUAGUGCAAAACGUUAAGCAAUGUUGCAGCAG